CGAAUUUUUGUUGUUUUAUUUAAAGGACGCUGGUGUUCUCAUCGACAAAAUACUAUUAAUUCCACGUGAACUCUCGGUAUCUUUCUCCUUGUUAUCGCGCGAUGAACUGAGUCUGCGAUUGGAACACCCUGUACUCUACGACCUUCACAUUUCGCGGUUAUACGGACUGGACAUAUUCAGCGGUAGGAAAGAUGAGCGGGUUAUUUAGAAAGGCCCAAGCGGCCCAAGAUUCGCUUUCGGACGAUGCCCUGAUGCCCCUCAAGAGCUAUAAAUACUCCAGCGUGGACAAGUCGUUCAUUUCGAGAUAUGUGUUGAAGCACUAUUGGAAUGCAUUCGUCGAAGUACUGCCGCUUUGGUUGGCUCCUAACAUGGUUACUCUUCUGGGGUUCUUCUUCAUUAUCGGAAACGUGCUCCUCAUUGAAAUUUAUAUGCCCGAUCUUGUGGGACCGGGCCCUUCCUGGGUGUAUUACAGCUUUGCACUUGGCAUGUGGAUGUAUUCCACUUUGGACAAUGUUGAUGGUAAACAAGCACGCCGGACAGGUACAUCUAGUGGCUUGGGAGAGCUUUUCGACCACGGAAUUGACUCGCUCAAUUGCACCUUGGCCAGUUUGUUGGAAACUGCAGCAAUGGGCUUCGGUUCAACGCAACUUGGUGCAUGGACGGCCCUGGUUCCUUGCUUGGCAAUGUACUUUUCGACGUGGGAGACCUAUCACACACAUACGCUGUACCUGGGCUACUUCAACGGACCUACUGAAGGUCUUCUUAUCGCUAUCGGGAUCAUGAUCGCCUCUGGGAUCUAUGGGCCCCAGAUCUGGUCUCGUCCCAUCACCGACCUACUGCCGUACCCGCAAAUCUUUGGAAACAACUCCAUGAAGGACCUUUGGGUUCCAAUUUUACUUGCUGGUUUUUUCCUGGGACACCUUCCAGGCUGCGUCUAUAACGUGAUUGAUGCUCGGAAGAAGCAGAAUCUGCCUCUGAAGCCUCUUUUCAAGGAAAUUCUACCGAUGGUCGUGUUUACCGUCAGCAACGUUGCUUGGCUAUUCUCGCCAUACUCUUCGCUGUUGGCCGACAACCGGUUGGUUCUGUACUGCAUAACAAUCUCGUUUGUCUUUGGGCGUAUGACCACCAAGAUCAUCCUCGCCCACUUGUUGCACCAGCCGUUCCCAUUCUGGACGGUGCUCCUUACUCCGCUCGUUGGUGGUGCUGUUCUCAUUAACUUGCCACUGAUUGGGCUUCCUGCGAUCGGUGCGUGGGUGGAGGUGUUUUACCUCCGUGCUUAUCUCUUGUUCGCCUUUGUUUUGUACAUGUACUGGGCAGUCUUGGUCAUUAACAGGAUUACCACAUUCCUGGGAAUCAACUGUCUGACGAUCCGGAAGGACAAGUCUGCCGCCAGGGAGAGGGUUUACCACGAACUUGCAGAAAUCAGACCGGAGGAACCCGGAUUGAAGAAUCAUUGAUUCUCGUCCUGCAUCAGUAUGUUCCGAAUCAGGACUCCUUCAGUCGCCAAGGAACACUCGACAGAGUCUGAGUCUUCAUUCUGGGUCUGAUACCAAACCAUUUGACAUUGCCGGACAUGUCUAAAUGCUCAGUGCAAAUGAGCCUUGAACCUUUAAAGCCGGCAGGGUUUGGUUUUAUACGAUUUCUUUUUGUCUAUAGAGUUUUGGUGUCUUGUAAUUAUGCUCUUGCUUGAUCUGGAUAUAUGGGGUUCUCUUGUGGAUAGAUAUGUGGAUGGCUUUUAUGAGACAAGCCUGCAGAUAUACAGGACAGGUUCACGAUGUUGAAUAUGCUUUUGCUUUAUAUAGACCUAAUCAUUAAUGUCACAAUACUGAUGCAAUC